GACAAAAUCAUGUGACAAUGAAAUCUUGCAGCUCGCUCUCAGUCGAGUAAACACGAUCCAAAAUGUUUCGUCUUUUUGCAGUUUCUUUGCUGGCAUUUUUGCUUAUUUCUUUGUUAAGUUCUUGUACAGCAGUUUAUCCAUAUAAGACACAAUACUUUGAUCAGAUGAUUGACCAUUUUAACUUUGCAAGCCAUGGCAACAACACGUUCAAACAACGAUAUUUGGUUUCGGAUCAACACUGGAGUAUUGGCAAAGGUCCAAUUUUCUUCUACACUGGUAAUGAAGGGCCAAUCACAAGCUUUCUUGAAAACACAGGUUUGAUGUUUGACAUUGCUCCUGAGUUCAGGGCUCUCCUUGUAUUUGCUGAGCAUCGUUUCUACGGAGAGACUCUACCCUUUGGUAAUGAUUCAUUCAUCCCUGAGAAUCUUGGUCUACUAACCAUCGAGCAGGCACUUGCAGAUUAUGCUGAACUCAUCUUAUUCUUGAAACAAGAGCUCAAGUGUCCAGAGUGCAAAGUAGUCACAUUUGGAGGAAGUUAUGGAGGCAUGUUGAGUGCAUACAUGCGAUUCAAAUACCCCAACACUGUUGAUGGUGCUAUAGCGUCCAGUGCACCCAUUUAUUCAGUUGCUGGACAAGGAUCUCAGAGUUACUUCUUUGAAGAUGUCACCAAAUCAUUCGGAAGUGGCACAACUGGGAAAGCUUGUGUCUCUACCAUCAGACAAGCAUUCAUCACAUUAAAUGAGCUCGCUGAUCAGGGAAUAAAAGGUCUCAAUGAGAUCUCAUCAGCGUUCAAACUUUGCAAACCUCUACAAGACAAGACACAAAUAGCUCAUCUGCAAGGCUGGGUCCGGAAUGCCUUUACUAGUAUGGCAAUGGUGAAUUACCCAUACCCUGCGUCAUUCUUGGGGCAGCUACCAGCGUGGCCUGUCAGCGCUUCGUGUGAUUUGAUAACAAGUGCAAAAGAUCCACUGAAAGGCUUGGCAGCAGGAGCUGGUUUAUUCUACAAUGGUACGAAAGGAUCCCUGAAGUGUAUGGAUGUGGACAGCCAGUAUGUUGAAUGCACUGACCCUACUGGUUGUGGACUGGGUAAUAGCGCUAAAGCAUGGGACUGGCAGGGUUGCACUGAGGUUACGUUGCCAGGAGGCACUAACAAUGUGACGGAUAUGUUCCCCGUGUUACCAUUCACACUAGAGAUGAGAGAGACAUACUGCAAGGCAAAAUGGAACGUUGUACCUAAACCAACAUGGCUCAAUGUCAUCAUGUGGGGUGAAGAUAUUAAAAGUGCUUCAAAUAUCGUUUUCUGCAACGGUGCCUUGGAUCCAUGGCGAGAUGGAGGGGUACUCCGAAGUCCCAAACCAGGAUCCUUAGAUGCUUAUUUAAUUGCAGACGGUGCUCAUCAUUUAGACCUCAGGGGAGCGAACCCAGCUGAUCCAGAGUCUGUGAAACUAGCUCGUCAGUUUGAAAAAGACCAAAUUACAGCUUGGAUAAAAUAAUGUUUGCCAUGCUUAUGUGCUAAUUCUCAUGGAUGCAUACAUUUUACUGACUUUAAUCUGAAUUCUUUAAUUUUUAAUCCCUGAACUCUGAAAUCUUUUUGCCUGCCUGUUAAAAAAACCCUCAUAUUUUUCUUCAGAUAUAGUCAUGUUUUAGUGAACAUUUGAAUGAACAAAUUUAAUUGAAUUCCUGUAUGCCUUUGGGCUACAGUAAUUAUUUCCAGAAUUUGUAUUUGUAAUUUAUGUUUUAAAAAGUAGCUGUUUUCAGCUAAAAAGUAGAGAUGUGUUACUGCUAAGUUGGUUUUGAGAGGUUAUUGGGUUGAACAGUUUGAACUAUACUUUUCAACUAAGUACAUUUUGUGUUUAUCAAAAUAUAGAAAACUAUAAAUGGUUUCAAAAACUAUACAUGUACUACCAUUAUAUAUACAACAAUUAAAAAUUGUCUCACAUUUCAACCCUAGUAGAUUCUUUCUAAAAUGUUUGAAACAUAAGGGAAUUAUUUCUGUAAUUUGUUGGUCACUUUGGGUGGGUGGUAGCAGUCUGGAACUUUUUUAACUUAAUGUUUACUUUAAAUUUUGAAAUAAAGGUUUGGUGCAUUUUUGUUUAAUUUUUCAGAGGAGAA